UCAAAAUUGUCACAUCAUUGUCAUCAGCGGACUGUCCUGAAAAUAAUUGAAUAAAUGAAUAUAGACGCAUAUAUUUGAGCUUAGUUUGCCGUAUUAACUUGAAUUAUUGAAUUAAAGAUUUGGAACCAAAAUACUAAAACUGCAGUUAAAUGGAGCCGAUAGACAUAGCCCGUCUGGAAGACGGUAUAAAUGUAUUUUAUCGCUCAACGACUCAAGAACAGGCGCAUCUGCAUGAAUGGUUGACAAGUUGCCAGUCCAGCAAAAUGGCAUGGCAAUUUUCUUGGCAGCUUAUGCAGCUGGGAAAGAGCCAGGAAGUACAAUUCUUUGGGGCGAUAACAUUACACUCUAAACUGAUGAAGUUUUGGAAUGAAGUGCCUGCGGAGAACCGGGAUGAGCUGAAGCAGAAGAUAUUGGAAGCUAUAAUACAGUUUGCGGGAGGCCCUAAGUUGGUCUUGAAUCGUUUAUGUAUAGCGUUAAGCGCAUACAUUGUUCAUAUGCUCAGCGAAUGGCCAAGUGCUAUUGAGGAUGUCAUCAAUACGUUCCAAAAUCAGCAAAUUCCAAAUGUCUCAAACGAGACACAAUUGUGGAUAAUGUUGGAGGUGUUGCAAGCAAUUCCCGAAGAGAUGCAAGCAAUUUACACUUCAGUCAAAAGGACAACACUUCGAGCUGAAGUGGCCAAAAGAACCCCACUGGUGGUAGAAACAACAGAAAGAUACCUACAAAUGCAACUUGAACGAGAAUGGGACGCAGAAACCUUUAAUAACAUGACCAGAGCUGUAAAGUGCAUUGGCACAUGGGUGAAGAAUAUAGGGUUUGCAAUUGAGAGUUGCGUCUCCAUUUCAGACAUUCUACUACAAAUUGUCAACAAAUGUUACUGGCCAUGUACUCAAGACCCAGAUGGCGACGGCUGCAUGUCUGCUGAUGAGAAUGAUUUGGCAGAGACUUGCCUGAAAACCCUUAUCAACAUCAUUAUUCAGCCUGAUUGUCAUUUAUAUCCAAAGACGGCUUUUAUUUUAAUUAAAAUGUUUCUGGACCAACUGUGUAAUAUAACGAAGAUGGAAUGGAAACCCAAUAAUAAUAAUGAGGACAUAGUCUCCUGUAUUUAUUCACUAUUUGUAUCGGCCGUUGAACGACAUUCUCAGCUUUUGUUAAGGGGAAUUACCAGUACUGAUGCUGAACUUGCAUCCUUAUACACACGCCUGGUGCAUGAAAUAUUGCAAUGUACUGACAAGCCUGGCAUAUAUCCCGUAGAGGAAUCAUGUAGCAGUAUGGCCUUGGGAUUCUGGUAUCUACUUCAAGAUGAAGUAUUUGCCAUGACAAAUGAAGAGGAAAGACUAAAAUGUUGGGAAUAUAUAAAACCACUAUACGCUCAUUUAACUCGGAUUUUAGUUAGAAAGUCUGAGCAGCCCGAUGAGAACUCGAUAGACAAAUGGACUUCUGAUGACCUAGAAAGCUUUCGAUGUUACCGUCAAGAUAUUUCAGAUACUUUUAUGUAUUGCUACGAUGUCUUACAUGAUCAUAUUCUGGACAUACUUUCUGCCGUGCUAGAUGAAACUAUUGCUCAGCUUAACACUAACCCAAAUCAAUGGACAAAAUUGGAAGCUUGCAUUUAUUCCUUCCAAUCGGUAGCAGAGCAUUUCGAUGGCGAGGAAACAAAACAAAUUCCCAAAUUUAUGCGAGUCCUAAACGAAAUCCCCUAUGAAAAGAUGAACGACAAGCUCCUUGGUACUGCAUUAGAGGCUGUUGGUUCUUAUUGCCAAUGGCUACGUGGAAAUCCAUCGUAUAUUCCUUCCGGAAUAGAACUUUUGGUGCGGGGCUUAAACUCUUCCAUGUCCGCGCAAGCCACACUGGGUUUAAAAGAACUGUGUCGUGAUUGUCAACUGCAAUUGAAGCCAUUUGCUGAACCGCUUCUAAGCGCUUGUAACACCACACUAUCUUCAGGACAAAUGAAAAACUCUGAUAGCGUACGUUUAAUGUUUAGUAUCGGGAAACUAAUGAGUUUGCUAACACCCGAGAAAAUACCAAACUAUUUAGAUAUUAUAGUCAGUCCUUGCUUUGAAGAAUUGUCAAACAUUUGCCAAAGUGGAGUUAAAACGCCACAAACACGUAUACGUACAAUAUUCCGUUUAAAUAUGGUUUCAACUUUAUUCUCUUCACUUAACACCGAUUUGGACGACGAUGAUCAAAUCGAAGAUCUCCAAAACGUACAACCGGUGUUGAUUGUAAUGCAAAAAACAAUGCCCAUUUUUAGACAGAUUGCUGAGUUGUGGAUAGAGGAACUGGAAGUGCUAGAGACCGCUUGUGGUGCUCUAAGGCAUGCCAUAGUAAAUCUAAAAAGUAGUUUUAAGCCUAUGCUACAAGAUCUAUGUUACUUCAUAGUUGCAAUUUUCCAAACGCGUUGUUGCGCACCAGCAUUGGAAAUAUCGAAAACGGCCAUUGUUUUAUUCUAUAAAGAUGACGAGUGCAAACAUUUAAUGCAACAGUUAACGAUAGAAUUUGUUUUGCAUAGUUUCAAAUUAUUUGAGUCAACACCCGAAAACGGAUUCUCCAACAUCGCUGAAACGAUAGAAAUGUUCUAUGCCUGUUUAAUGCAAAUAAUCAAGAAAAUACCUCAGUCAUUGGAUGACCCAUCCAUUGCAUACGACCGUCUCAUAUUCUAUUCACUUAAAGCAAUGACAUUGCCUGAAAAUGGUCCUAUUCGAACAAGUGUUCAGUUUUUGACACAUUUUGUAAUGCAAUCGCGAAAUUAUCCUCAAAUGACACAGGCAGUGCUAACAGCGGGCGAAGACAUACUACGAACUGCAAUUAUUUGUGUUGCGUAUGUUACGCCACGACAACAAGUGGAAAAAUUUGCGGAUAUUUUUCUUUUCAUAAAUAAAAAAUACCCAGCAGAAAUGUCAGUUUGGCUUAAAAAUAUUAUGCACACACCGAAUUUUCCAACACCUCUUGUUGAUGAAGCGGAAAAGUCGAAGUUUGUUACACAAGUGAUCAGGCAGAAAGUUAACAAGCGACUUUUGCAGCAGCAUCUCACAGAAUUUGCUACCAAAGCAAGGGGGUUGUCCGACAAAUUUCAGUAAAGUUGCCACACAAUUAUCUGCAUAAGGAUAAAUACAAAAAUAAGUGUUAACAGAUGUGUAUACAUAUAUCGUCCGUCCCAAAAUACAAGUUUCAUUAUGCAAAGCAAUGAGUUUUAAUACAAAAAAUAAAUAUGUAAUAUCUUAAAAGUUUUUUUUCAAAUACUUUGUUCCGCGACAUUCAUCCACAAUUUUUUUUUUAAUUAAAAUUAAAUGAGAAAUAAGAUUUUAACUAACGUUCUACCUAACCGAACGAAAGGUUAAGUUUUUUGUUUAUCGUCUCGAAAAAUGGGAUGGGCGAUAUAGUCCCCAAAUUUGUAUAAGUUGAAUCUGGAUUUUGUCUACCUUUUCGGAAAAUAAAUAUUAUUUCCUGAUUGCGAUUAAUUCAA